AUGUCGUCAGUGAAAAACAUCAUCGUAUUCGGAUCAACUGGUCAACAGGGAUCAGCAUUUAUCGAGGGAUUAUCGAAAUAUAAUACCCCUUCAUCAAUAUACAACAUCUUCGCAUUAUCUCGAAAUGUUACUGCAGGAUCUUCGACCAGGUUAUCCAACUUGCCAGGAGUCAAAGUCAUUCAAGUAGCUAAGAAUUACAUGGAUAAACCCGAACAAGCAUUUGAAUCCACCGGAUUGAAUGUCAGUGAUGUACAUGGUGUAUUUAACGUUCAAGGUUAUGUUAGUGAAGCUGUUGAAUUAGCUCAAGCCAAAUCCAUCAUCGAUGUCUCUAAGAAAUACGGCGUCAAACAUUUCAUUCAAUCUAGUAUCAGUUUCGGUGGAUUGGAAGAUACCAAAGCUCCUGGGAUGGAAGUGAAAAGACAAAUUGAAGAUUAUCUCAUUGAAUCCGGUAUUGGAUAUACGAUCUUACGUCCAACUCAAUUCAUGGAUAACCUUUUACCUUCAUCAGCAUUCAUGUUUAAGAUAUCUAGAACAAUGUUAAUAAGACAGACAUUCUAUAAUAAUCCAUCAAGAAAACAUCAAUUGAUAUCAACACGUGAUAUCGGUCAUUCAGGUUCUGAAUCCAUACAUAAUCCAUCCAAAUAUCUAAACCGGAUUAUCGAAUUAGCAGGUGACGAAUUGACCGUUCAAGAAAUCCAAGAUGUUUACGAAAAAAUAAUGGAUAAACCAAUUGACUUAUUAGCUUUUUGGCCUUUGGUCUCUUUCGUUAAAUGGGUCAGUCCAUUAGGUCCAAUGAGUAGAUUCUUCGAUGAUCAUGGGUUCAAAGUCGAUAUCCCAAAACUCAGAGAGGAUUUACCAGAAGUUGAAUUCGAAGAUUUGGCUUCGUUCUUGAAAAGAUACAAAGCUUCUCAUUAG